AUGUUCUUUUAUUCUGAUGUUCAAUUGCGUUAUAUUUUUCCUAUAGAAGAGAUUGUUAUUUUAUUUUAUUCUUUAUUUUUUUUCUUUUUCUCCUUUUAUCUACGUCUUUCUCUCUAUUCUUUAUUAAUAUUUCUUUUCAUCUGUUUCUCAGACACUGCUUCUCGUUCUGUCUUUUUUUUUCUUUUCUUGGACUCUAUUUGCUUCUUCUCUCUCUCUUCUAUUUUAUUCUUUUCUUUUCAAAGCUUCUAUUAUCCAUCACUUUCUCUCUCUUCUUUUCUAAGAUUCUAUUCUCUUCUCUUUUUCUCUCUCUUUUUCUUAGAUUAUAAUCUCCCUUUCUCUCUCUCUUCUUUCUCACCCUCCAUUCUUCUUCUCUCUCCUUUUCUCACACUUCAUUCGCUCCUUCCCUCUUCUUUUAUGAGUCUACAUUCACUCUUUUUUUCAUUCACUCCCUACGAAACUUCUCUCUUCCUUUCUAACAUUCUAUUCACUCUUUCUCUCUCGUUUUCUCACACUCCAUUCUCUUUUCCUCUCUUCUUUUCCCACAUUCUAUACGCUAUUUCCUUUUAUUCUUUUCUGAAAAUCUAUUUGCUCUUUUUCUCUUCUUUUCUCAGAUUCUAUUCUCUCUAUCUUUUUGUCUCUAUUUUUUUCUCUCUCAUGAUCAGUUCUGUUAUUAUUUCCUUUUUCUUAUUUCUUCCUCUCCAUUGUCUUUGUUUAUGCAUUUAUUUCACUGCAUCUUUAUUUCUUUCUCAUUUCCCUUUUUCCAUGAUUUCUUUGCUUUUAUCUUUCUUUUCUACAUUUCCUAUUUUUUCUUUCUUACAUUUUUCUUUUUUCAAUCGUUUUUUUCUUUUCAUUGUUCUUCCUUUUUUUCUAUAUUUCUUGCUGUUUGUCUUUCUUUUUAUCCAUCACCUCUUUUUCUUUCUUCUUCCUUUUGUUUUCUAUAUUUUUGUUGUUUUUCUUUUCUUUCUAUCCAUUGCUCUUUCUUUUCUUUUUCCUUUUUUUUUCUAUAUUUAUUGCAUUUUUCUUCCUUUCUAUCCAUCACGCUCUUUUUUGUUAUUUCUUUCCUUUUUUGCUUCCCUCAGUUACGUAUUUACUUACUUUUCCUUUGUUCAUUCUGUGUUUUCUUUCUGGUUUGGUUUUUUUUUUCUUUCAUUUCUUAUUUCUUUCUUUUCUAUGUCUUUUUUUUUUACUAGUUUCACUAUUUCUUUUUCUUUACUUCUUUCAUUUUUUCUAUGCUCAUUCAAUCAUAAUAUGAUCAUUUCUUUUAUUAAUACAUUACUUCUUUCUUUGUUUCUUUCUUUUUUCUUUCUUUCUUUCUUUCUUUCUUUCUUUCUUUCUUUCUUUCUUUAUUUCUUUCUUCCUACUUCCCAUGUUUAUUCUAUUUCUGUAACCGUUAAAUUUUAA